AUGCAGCAGAUUGAUGCAUUGGUGGAGAAGAUUCUCGGAAACGAUAAAGUUAUCGGCGUUUGCCAAUUACUUCUUAAAGAUAAGUGCCCAGAACUUGCCAAAAUACUGGAACAGGAAAUAGGCAGCUUUAUGGAUCUUUUCAAGAUUGAGCCAUUUGUGACGGUUACUGUCGAUGAGCUGCUUUUCUCGGGAUACGUUUCUCCACUAAUCACGAAGCUUGCUGACCGUCUUGUCAAAAUAUCCAAUAAAUUGCUGGGAACUGAUUUCCCGCUCAUCGAUGGAACUAACUUCACUGUGGCGCUCAAUCCUGAAAACGGGACUACUGAUACGCUAUUCACAAUCGAGACAGGAAAAACUGAUCCCUCCCGAGCUGGAUAUACUAUCUCCUUCAGAAGCAUAGCCAAUCAGACUCUUUCAAGCAACGGGGACAAACUUCCCUCUCAAUGGUGGCCAGCUGCAGAAACAAAAUCAUGUAAUGGCCACGCUCUGAAGCUCGAAGGAAGCAGUGAGUGCAUUGCAAUUUUU